UGAUGACAUGCCAAAGUUCAUUCGUUUUCUUUUCUGGUAGUAGUUGGACUUAUGAGGAAGAUUAUUUAAGAUCUCAUUAAUUACUUUUUAAUACAGUAGCUUAUACUAACUCCUCUGCCUUACCAGAUUACCAGUCACUUUAAUUUAAUUCCUUUUAUUCAAACAAACAAACACUUCCAUUCAUUCUUUCAAUUAGCAAAGCCUAAUUUCACACUUUCUCUUCAUUCCACCUUUUUUGUUUUCAGAAAAAGGAAAUUCAAAAUGUCAAAAUUUGAGUGAUGUAAGAUUGUAAGGUGGGUGAUCCCCAGCUGUAAUAAUAUCUUCAGUUAUGCAUUGCUUUGCUUAACCCCCUUUUUCUGGAGUGUUGAUUUUUGAGAGAUAAACUAAAAACCUCAAUUUUCACGUUUUCUUGAAAGUUGAAACCCUCUUCUUCUUGUUUAAUUUACAUCUGCUGUGAAAUUAAGAACAAAAGGGAGGAUUUUUGGGUAGUUAAUCAGUUUUUAUCAGCUGGGUUUGGAUCAGAUUCAUACUUUGAAGCUGAAAUUGUACUCGAUCUGUGAUUUUAUUUCUGGGUUUUUGGUAGAAAGGAAAAAAGGAAGUAUUUUCCCCCCAUUUAUGAAAUUUGAGCUUCUGAAUUCUGGACAUGGAACGAGGUGCUGAAGAGUCUCCAAAUGCUCAUAGGGGUUUUCGUCUUCAAGCUCCUCUGGUCGAUUCCGUAUCAUGCUAUUGCAAGGUAGACUCUAGUUUAAAAACGGUUGUCGGUGCAAGAAGGUUUGUUCCCGGGUCAAAGAUUUGUAUCCAGCCCGAUAUAAAUCCCCGGGCCCACAAGAAAAAGAACUCUCGCAGGGAGAGGACCCGUGUUCAACCACCUCUCUUGCCCGGCCUCCCUGAUGACCUGGCAAUUGCUUGUCUCAUCCGAGUCCCCCGAGUAGAGCAUCGAAAGCUCCGCCUAGUUUGCAAAAGAUGGCACCGACUCCUAGCUGGAAACUACUACUAUUCUCUAAGGAAAAACCUUGGUAUGGCCGAAGAGUGGGUAUAUGUCAUGAAAAGGGACCGUGAUGGAAAAAUCUCAUGGCAUGCUUUUGAUCCUACUUAUCAAGUCUGGCUACCACUUCCGCCCGUUCCCGUAGAGUAUUCUGAAGCCCGGGGAUUCGGAUGCGCUGUUCUAAGUGGUUGCCACCUGUACUUAUUCGGAGGUGAAGAUCCACUUCGGGGUUCUAUGAGACGUGUUGUGUUUUACAGUGCAAGGACAAAUAAAUGGCACCCGGCACCAAGCAUGCUUCGGAGGCGCCAUUGCUUUGGUUCUUGUGUCAUAGAUAACUGCCUUUACGUUGCUGGUGGUGAAUGUGAAGGAAUCCAACGAGCUCUCCGUUCAGCCGAGGUGUAUGACCCGAAUAGAAACAGGUGGAGCUCCGUUACGGAUAUGACCACCGGGAUGGUCCCUUUCAUCGGGGUGGUGUACAACGGGAAGUGGUACUUAAAGGGACUAGGUUCUCACCGUCAAGUCAUGAGUGAAUCCUAUGAUCCCGAAAACAGCUCAUGGAGCCCCGUAACUGACGGGAUGGUUUCAAGUUGGAGGAAUCCAAGCACAACCAUGAACGGCCACCUUUACUCUAUAGAUUGUAGAGACGGGUGCAAACUUAGGGUGUACAACGAGGAAGCUGAUUCGUGGGUUAAAUUUAUAGACAGUAAACUCCACCUUGGUAGUUCCCGAGCUUUAGAGGCUGCCGCACUCAUUCCACUUAACGGUAAGCUUUGCAUUAUCCGUAAUAACAUGAGUAUUAGUCUAGUUGAUGUCUCAAACCCGGAUAAACAAGUGGAGAGUAAUCCAAAUUUAUGGGAGAAUGUUGGUGGGAAAGGUCCUUUUAGGACAAUGGUGACUAAUAUAUUGUCGAGCAUUGCGGGCCGCAGUGGUUUAAAGACUCAUAUUGUUCAUUGUCAGGUUCUUCAAGCAUGAAUUCAUAAUACCAUUCUUCUGGUAUUAGAAUUCAUUCAUUUUAUGAUCUUACAAAUUCUAUGGUAAAAAAAAAUUCAUUCGAGGUUCUGUCAGUUUCAGAACCCUAAAUUUUUUGCUGCUCAUCCUAUUCGAAGGGCUGUUUUCGUUGCAUUUUGUUACCUUCACAUUGUACAUUUUGUUCCAAAUUGUGAAGAGAAUUUCCGCAUUCAGACAGCAUUGAAGAAAGCAGAAUACCAUCACCCUGAAAGUAAGCAAACGUUCGUGUUUUUACCAGUAUUAUCAGUUUCUAUUUGUUGAGAUAUAGCUUCUGUUUCAAAAUGGAUAUGUAAAAAUCCUGUAGGAAGAAAUCUGCAGUUGUUUGCAGAAUUCUUAAACUUAAUUCGGUCUAUGUAGUAUUGUAGUAGUACAUUAAAACAACUCUCAUGCAGUGAUUCUGCAGAUGCUUUUGUGAAUAUCAUGUCGAAUUGCACAAAUCUCGACUCUUCUUGCAUCUUUGUCAUGAUUAAUAAUACUCCAUUUCGUAUCUGUAA